AUGGCCUCUUGUAUUCACUCCGGUGCCGCGGAUCUGAUACCACCUGGAUCAUCCCAAGCUGUCUAUCGAGAAGAUUGUACUCAGUGCUUCGAUUCCAUUGAUAACGAUGCUGGUCUGAAUGUUUGCCUUCAUUGUUUUAAUGGUGGGUGCGCAGGAGAUAGAGACCAUGCCCUACUUCAUUACAAACGGUUUGGUCACUCAUUGGCGCUGAACAUCCGAAGAACACCGAAGAAAGUGCAGCGCGAUGAGCCUCCACCAAAAAUAUCCAAACUUGCAAUUGCUGCUGAAACAGAUGAGGAUAGAUAUGAUGUUGCUACGUCGGUGGUAUGCUAUGCGUGCUCUCAGGACAAUGUUGACAAAAACAAUGGCAACCUCGCUGCAAUCAUCGAAGGUGUCAUGACGGCAAUGACUUUCUCGAAAAAGGAGGAAGUCAAAGCUUGGGAGCAAGAGUUUGUUCCUUGCGAGCAUACCCUCUGUCUCGUUCAACAGGACGUUGUGCAAGCUGCCUCCUCAGAUUCGGGUCAUUGCACGGAAUGUGACCUGACAGAGAACCUCUGGCUAUGUCUAGAAUGCGGGAACAAGGGCUGUGGGCGAAGCCAAUUUGGUGGAAGCCAGGGCAACUCACACGGCCUUACUCAUGCAGACUCAACUUCACAUGCCGUUGCUGUUAAGCUCGGCUCUAUCACAGCGGAGGGUUCCGCUGACGUUUACUGCUACAAGUGCAACGAGGAGAGGGUGGAUCCAGAGCUGGCCGCGCAUCUUGCCCAUUGGGGAAUAUACCUGGCCGGACGUGAGAAGACGGAAAAGAGCUUGAUGGAGAUGCAAGUUGAACACAAUCUUAAAUGGGAAUUUUCUAUGAAAACCGAAGACGGUCGAGAGCUGACCCCAAUCUUUGGGCCUGGUUUAACGGGCCUGGCCAAUCUUGGAAACAGCUGUUAUCUCUCCAGUGUCAUGCAGAGCAUCUUUUCUGUUGCCGCAUUUCGAAAUCGAUACUACCAUCCGUCGGAAGAGCCACCACUAUGCCAGGCUCCAGCGCAAGAUCUUGAGACUCAAUUACGCAAGCUCGCAGAUGGGUUACUCUCUGGUCGAUACUCUCAACCUGAUUCCCGUACCGUUUCGUCUGUGGAUGCAACGGAAGUCGCUCACCAGAAAGGGCUGGCACCAGCAAUGUUCAAAUAUCUUGUUGGUCAAGGUCAUGAAGAGUUUGCAACAAUGAGACAGCAGGACGCAUUUGAAUUUCUUCUCCAUUUGUUCAAAUCUGUGAGCUUAUCCACACAUUCAAAUGGGCAAUCCAACCCGGUACAUGACUUCCGCUUCCAAGUUGAGCAGCGUCUACAAUGUUUGCAUUGCAAGAAAGUACGUUAUAGGGUGGAUGAGCAAGACAACAUCUCGGUAGCAGUUCCCGCGCGCCCUGUUACUACUUCUGAUGAAACAGGGACUCCGUAUAAGUCUGUAACUCUCUCCGAGUGCCUUGACAUCUUUACUUCGCCGGAGAUUGUUGAGUUGACCUGUCCGGGCUGUGGAACUCAGGAUGGAUUCUCGAAACGGUCGUUCUUCAAAACUUUGCCACAGGAGUUGGUGGUCAAUGCUCGCCGCUUUGAGCUUGUGAACUGGGUUCCCACGAAACUGGAUAUUCCUGUGUUGGUUGACGACAAGGAACUCGAUUUCAGCUCUUACCUUGCCGGUGAGCGCGAUCCAAGUGAGGAACAACUUCCGGAGGUUGAGGAAUCCACUGCUUUCGUCCCGAAUGCGGAAGCCCUCGAUCAGCUUUUGGGCAUGGGCUUCCCUUCUACGAGAUGCCAAAAGGCUCUCCAUGCCACUGGUAACAUGGAUUCGGAAACUGCCAUGAAUUGGCUAUUUGCCCAUAUGGAAGACCCAGAUAUCGAUGAACCACUGGUCUUGUCUCAGCCAGGGAAUGGAUCGGGUGUCACUGAACAGGAUCCGAUAAAGAUUGAUCAGCUCGGAGAUAUGGGCAUCGAACCUUCUCGUGCCCGGCGAGCGUUGGCUGCAACUGACGGAGAUGUCAAUCGCGCAUUGGAUUGGGUUUUCAGUCAUCCCGAUGAGGAGGUUCACCCAAGUGCUGACGAACACACUGCACAACCGCGAGGUGACACAGUUGGGCUUACCAACACGCCAGCUCGGUAUCAGUUACGGUCAAUUGUGUGCCACAAGGGCACUUCGGUUCAUGCAGGACAUUAUGUUGCCUUGGUUCGCAAACCGUUGCCGGGUCAAGAUGAGCUCUCGUGGGUGAUGUUCAACGAUGAAAAAGUCGUUAAGUUUGAGGAUGCUGAAGCGAUGAAGAAGACCGCAUAUCUUUAUUUCUUUUCACGGGUCUAG